CCAUGAACCAAACUCAGUUUCUAUUUGAUAGCUCCUCUUCAUCUUCUCAAUUACCAACCCGUUGCUCUUCCUUUACCUCUAAGUCUGACUCCUGUUACUCUACUCAUCAUCAUCAUCGUCAUCAUCAUAAGCUCUUCUCUUCUUCUCAUUGUUUGUUUAAAUGUUUUAUCUGGUUGAGGCACUCCCUUGAAUAAUCCUUCAUGGCAACUCAGCAGGGACGUGUCUCAUUUAGCAUCCCAUUGGAGACUAGAAGAAAGAAGGUUAGUCGGCAGCAAAAGAAAGAGGCCCUUGAAAGGGAGUUGAUGUUGUAGGUUUCCAUGCUUCAAAAAAUGCUGAAACAAGAAGAAAAAAUGCAUGAGAUUUUGGAGGGCAUACAUCAGGGUCAUGUUGCUGCCGUUCCCAUCCCAAAUUUUCUUCCUCCUAAGGUGAAGGAGCUUUUAACUGAAUUGGCUAUGGUAGAGAGCGAGAUCAGUCGAUUAGAGGGCCAGAUUACCCAACUUCGGCUUGGUUUGAAACACGAACAAGAAAUGACCAAGGAAGCAAAAUCAAAGCAAUGGCAAUUGGGAAAUCUAAACAACCUUCAGCCCUACUCAACAAACAAUUUAUCAUCAAGCCCUAUGAACAAAGAUGGUAAUGAUCAGAAGAUGGCAUUUGAGACCAAGGCGUUGCAUUUCAUUAGUAAAGCUAUAAAAGGUGACUACAAUCUUAGUGACUUCAGAACAACUGAGAAAAUGGGAAACUUAACAUUCUUCUCUGACCAGAAAGAAAAUCAUUUCCAUGAGGAGUCUAAAUUUCCCAGAAAAAGUGGAAUGCUGAAACCUGCAGCUUCGCCAUUGCGAGAUCCUAGACAUCCGACCCCAAAGCCAAGGGAACGUAUAAAUACAGAGCUCUCCAUUGACCUCCCUCCGAAAUCUUUGUCAAGUUCGAUUCUGUUAGAAGAGAAUAUUCAGAAUUGGCAACCCAACAAGCUCUCUGAGAAUAUCAUGAAGUGCUUGAACUUUAUAUAUGUAAGGCUACUGAGAACCUCGAGGGCAAUCGAAUUAGAGAAAUCAGGCCAAGUUUCCAGGUCUGUGCAUGCUUCUUUAAGCUCAAGAAGCUUCAGGGCUGAGACCAUCUCCAACUCAAAGUCGAGCAUUAUGUCACAGAAAGAUUCAAGGCAACAAGAUCCUUAUGGUAUUUUUGAUGUCGAAGAGUCGAUUCCUAGAGACAUUGGCCAUUACAAAAACCUGGUUAUUUUCUCAUCCAAUUCCAUGGAUCCCAAAUGCAUUUCAAGCUCCAGCUCUGUGCCUCUAAUUAAAAAAUUAAGGAUCUUGAUGAACAAUCUUCAGACGGUAGAUUUAAAAGUGUUGACGUACCAGCAGAAAUUAGCAUUCUGGAUCAACAUGUUCAACGCUUGUAUCAUGCAUGGAUUUCUCCAAUAUGGAGUGCCUAGUACUCCAGAGAAAUUGAUCGCAUUAAUGAACAAAGCAACUCUGAACAUUGCAGGCAACACCAUAAAUGCUCAAGCAAUAGAGCACUAUAUUUUAAGGAGGCCAACAUCUUCCAAAAAGAAAGAAGUUGAUCAAAAGGGUGAAAAGGAUGAUAAAGAAGCCAUUGUUCGUAACCUUUAUGGACUAGAGUCCACGGAUCCUAAUGUCACAUUUGCUCUCUGCUAUGGAACUCGUUCAUCCCCGGCGGUGAGAAUAUACACAGCUGAAGGGGUUGUGGGGGAGUUGGAGAAAUCGAAGCUAGAGUAUCUGCAAGCUUCAAUUGUGGUGACUAGCACAAGAAAGAUUGCAAUUCCUGAACUUGUGAUUCGAAACAUGAAUGAUUUUGCAAGGGACAUCGAUACACUGGUGGAAUGGGUUUGCCAUCAGUUGCCUACAUCUGGGUCACUGAGAAAAUCAAUGGUGGAUUGCUUCAGGCAGGGCCAUCACAGUGGCAAAAUUUCUCCUUCAGUUGAGAAGAUCCCAUAUGACUUUGAGUUCCAGUAUCUAUUAGCAAUAUAAACUUUAAAGGAUAUCAAGCCUCUGGUUGUUGUAUUUUGUAAAUGGGUGUAAGAAACAUUUAUGAAUAUAUAAUUUCUAAAAUCUUCCUCA